AUGAACCUCGAGCUCGUAACGACUACUUUUUUUCUUGUAAAUUUUUGUGUGAUAAUUGCCACUGAAACGGCCAAAAAACCUCAUAUCUUGUUGAUACUGGUUGACGAUCUUGGCUGGAGCGAUGUCGGUUUCCACGGGUCGAAAAUUCGCACACCAAAUGUCGACAAGUUGGCGAGCGAUGGUGUCAUACUGGAUAACUAUUACGUACAGCCUUAUUGUUCUCCUACACGAGGCUCUCUUAUGACAGGCCGAUACCCAAUACACACCGGUAAGAUGGACCCAGCAGAGUCAGAUGCAGGGCUGUGCGGUAAAUAGACCUCUUUAGCGUGUAUGUUUUGUUUCCAAUUAAGGUCUCAGGGGAAUUUUGUCCUUUCUCCUUUCAUUAUGUGUACGUGAAUAAAAAGAAAUUGAGGACUGAAAUUUGAAAGGAACAGUUCUUGAGUAUUAUCACAUGGCCUUCGGGAAAACAAAGCCUAGGUGCUAAUGAGGUCUAUUUUGAUAAAUUAUCGAUAAUAAAGUUAAAAGUCAGCACUAGAAAGAUCCGAGGCAUUAAACAAAUGUGCUCUGUUAUUUUCAUUCUUCUGUUGGUCAAAGAGAUGCAAAUGAGUCUGAGGUAUUUUCUGCCAUCCUUGCCAGCACUCAGAGACCAAGUUAUACUCUCCCCACAGUCCCUCUCAUCUUAAUUUACUGGACUGGGAAUAAAGCGAAAGGGCAAAAGUAGGACAAUAAUUAUUGCACUAUGGCGCCAUUUUACUGCAACUACCAGAAUGUUUCAUUUUGUUGUUUUCUUGUGUAAAUUAAGGCUAUUUGUUUAUUAAACCUCUGUGGGAUUGACAAAUUUAAAUAAGAAACCAAAAAUGAAAUGAAUUCUGGUAGUUUUAGUCAAAUGUCGUCAUUGUGAAAAAUAAAUGGCCUAUAGGGCGAAUAGUGCGAAAACUAGUACACAGCAGAAGCAAACUGCAAGACUUUUCUUGAGGCAAAAAUACCAGUAUAUGAUGAUUUGAAGGGGAAGUUUAGUGAAGGGAGAGGGGAGGUCCUAUGGUUAGAUCCAUGUUAUGGCAUAAUGGUACAAUAAUUAUUAUUAUUGCUGUCCAAACAAGGAGUUCAGAUUGGAAAAGAAAACUAAGUACUGUAAAAAUUAUCAGAGAUUAAAAUUCAUAUUUUCUUGCAAGCUGAAUGGUGUCAUUAUAUGAUCAAUUUUCUGCUCUCUUUACAGAACUUUUAGAUAAUUUUAGUGCAGGUAUAUUUUGCUUCAGUGACAAGAAAGCCAGACUGAAAUAUCAACUAGGCAGUUUUUUUAGCCAGCCAUACAGCAUCUAGAGGAGAUAACAACUACUAAUGAACUCAGUAUCAACACGCCUUAAUUCAAAAUUUGCCACGUCACUGACAAUAGACUCAUAAAACUCAGUAAUCCCCAUAUUUACUGGCAAUUUUUUUUUCAAUUGAUACUUACCCUAAAUAGCGAAUAUGGUUAGAAAUAUCUCUCAGGAAUCUGUGGCUUGUUCACUUCUCUCCAAGAUUUUGAUAAUACUUCUUAGCCGAUAAUCUCAUCUUUUUAAUAUCCAGAUAUAUUUCAUCUUCAAGUUAAAGACCGAUAGACCGAUAGGCAGAAUUAGUAAGGAUGAUGAGAUUUUCACAACCAAAGUAUCCCAUCAUAUAUCUUUUGUAGUUAAUUUUUCAUCUCAGGUAAUUAUUGUUUUUCUUUUCUUUUGGGUAUGGUAAUUAAAUGUAUGCUAGUGAAGUUGAAACAAAGGAAAAAUAAAACUUACCUGAGAUAAGAAGUUAACUACAACAUAUCUAAUUGCGGCUGAACCUCCAAAGAUAUGUCUCUUUUUAGUAAAACUAGUGGUCUAUUAUCAAUCUGCAUUCUGAUUGGUUGAGCUACUACUAGGCUAUAUGUUAUAGCCCCUAAAGUAGCGAAAAGCACCGGCUUUGAAAACCUAAACAAUGGUGGCUGAAUCGCGUUUUGCUAGCUAAAGUUGUUUUGUCUUGAUAUUUUUGACCAACUAUAUUUAGUUGGUUGGCCUUCGGGCUCAAGGAAUAAUUGUUAAAUAUCAUACUUUACCCUAUAAUUUCACCUACUUGUCUAUUUUAAUUUUACAGGUCUUCAGCAUAGGGCAGUUCUAUGUUUAACUCCUUUUGGCUUACCUCUACAUUUUUCCACCCUUCCAGAAAAGCUACAAGAAGAAGGUAAGUAGUUUAAAGUACACCAAGAUUGCAUGAGCAUUAGGUUAACGGAGCAUCUCUAUCUUUCGUGUGUUUACUUCAGCAAUCAUCUGCUUCAUAAGUUAAGUUCUUCAGCUUCCCAUCACACCCCGCAUGUCACCUGGGUGAGAUUCAACAGAGAUGAUUUGGAAUAAUUCAAGUCCAAUAUAGAGGAGACAUUGUUUCAUCACAUUGCCAUGGUAUGUCUGGAUCUCAACAAGCCCUGGUCUUGCGGAAAAAAAAAUGGACAGGUAUGACUUACCUAUGCACAAUUAUUGCACUCAGGAACCAAAUGGUAGCCUGUGACUUUUUUCUGUCGUCUGACAGUCCAAAUGACUGUCUCUGUCAAGAAAGAUUGUUGAGUUCCAGAAAUUUUGCUACCAUGGUAACCUGCAGUGGCAGAUCAAGACCUUCAGAUAAAGGGGGGGGGGGAGCAGUCAUCCAGACCCUGAGAUAAGGUGGGGGCUAGACUAAAAAAAAAUUUUUGUCAGUCCUUCGGGCCUCAGUUUGGUCGAAAAAUAAGGGGGGGGGGCCAGCCAGGCCCUUCCCCUGGAUCCACCACUGACCUGAUGUCACACUUCUCCUCCCUAUGGUCUUUGGACAGUAGAGGGAUAAAACUUAAAGCACCUCAAGCAACGUUAAUAAAGCUUGCUAUGACAAAGAUGUCUGCUUCAUUAAUAUACCUUUGUACCUACAGGUUAUAGAACCCAUAUCAUCGGAAAAUGGCAUCUAGGACAUCACACAUCAGCGAGCCUUCCAACAAAUCGAGGCUUUGACUCAUUCUUUGGAUUUUGCAAUUAUGGACGUGAUCACUAUAAUCACACCCACGAUGGCUUCCUGGACUUCUUCAGAGGAGAGGAAGUGACAAGAGAAUAUCAUGGACAGUACUCUACACAUCUAUAUGUAAAGGUAAUACGGUCAAACCCGGCGUUAAUUAACAGACACUGAAGGGGCCAUAGAAAAAAAUAAGAGAAAAUAAAAGAGUUUUCUUUCCCCAGGGACAAAGCAAACUGUCCAUAAUAAUGAGGUGUCCGUAUUAAGCGCUUGUCCCGCCCAUAAAGGGGGGUUUGAUAGACCUAUUCGUCUUACUCAAUGUUGUACCCAAUUCAAACCCUUUGGGAAUAAAACGUUUUGUUUCAGGAAUUUCCAGAUCAUUUAAAUGUGAAUGGCACAUUAUAAUGCAAAUACAAUACACAAAGAAUCUUAUCCCCGGGAGAUUUGAAUUGGGUAGAACACUGAGUUAGCCGAAUAGGUCUAUUGUCAUGGAACAUUUAUUAAAAUGUCGAAAUUGCCUUUUGUACGUAUUUAAAACUGCGAAGAAGGUUCGUGUGGUGACCCUUUGGUGCAAUGUAUUGUUAUUUUUUGUAGCAACCUCUUGAAAAGUGCAAUAAAUGAAAAAAUCUAAAAAAAAAAUCAGUUAGACAUCUGACAUUUGCGUCUCAAAAAGUUGUGAGUCUGUACACUUUACAACAGAUAUGAAAAAGAUGGUAAUAAAUGAUCGAAAUGGUGGGUUUAUAUGCGUUCUUUCUUCAUGAAAUCAGGAAGCCAAUAGAAUUAUCGCAGAACACAAUUCAUCUACGCCGCUGUUUCUUUACAUGGCGUUUGAGAACGUCCACGACCCGAUUCAAGCGCCUGACGAAUAUCUGAGAAAAUACAAGAUUAUUAAAGAUAAAGAAAGAAGAGGCUACGCUGCGAUGAUGGAUGUAGUUGAUGAAGCUAUUGGGAAUAUAACGGCGGCGUUUGAAGAAAAAGGGUAAGGAAAAGUCAUGUCGUUUAUAAUGUGAUUGUUUUUUAAAAGGAAAGAGUUAUUUGAGUUUAGCUGUGGAAUCAGUGAAGCUUUUGCGUUUAAAUGCUUAUGGUUACCACGAAAAAUUUGUGCCACGUGUUCACCACGUGCUCGACGACAUGAUUUUCCCGCCAUUUUUUCAUACCGUUUGUGAUUCGUAAAUUCUUAUUUUUGAAAUUUUUAAUCUUAAGGUUAAUUGAAAAGUUUGUUUUAGUUCAGAAGUCGCAGAUAAAGUCAGAAGAGUGAUUAAAAAAGUAAUAAAUUGACGGUAGAAUUAUUAUUGCCAGAAGACUGGCAAAAUUCUCCGAAAUAAGCACCCGGUCUAAAACGUUUUUAAAUCCUACUGAUUCAUAAAUUGUGUUCAGUCAUUGUGCUGUAUUUUACUUUUCUUCAUUGAGUUUCGUACAGUAUGUGGAAAUUUGAACUGUGCGCAUAUUUUUCACAACGGAUCGCAAAAUGCAAGUUCACAUUGCUGAAGAACAUUUUUUUUGUACAGCCUUCGAGACCUAAUAUAGCGGUUUUUAAUUGACUUUCAAAGACAAUUAAAUUUCUCGCGCCAAUUCUUUUAUAGAGUGCUCGUAAUAAUUUUCGCUCACAACUUUUGACAGACUUAAGCUAACGAUUCUUUCAGGAAAUUCGUACAAAAUGCUAAAAAAAACUUAGCCUCUUUCUAGAUCUGACUUUUCAGUAACGGGGGUGCAUAUGGACUGGGCAAAACUAAGACAAGAUGGUUCUUCAUGAAUUUAUUUUCAAGAUUUCAACUUGUUUAAAAUAUCACUUCUUUGUUGUUGAUCCUCAGGUUAUGGAAUGACACACUUGUGAUAUUCAGUUCGGAUAAUGGAGGAGAUCCUGUCAAUAGAGGCUACAACUACCCCCUGCGUGGAUACAAGAGAACCCUGUGGGAGGGAGGGGUGAGAACGCCUGCUUUUGUUUAUGGAAAGAUGCUUAAACAAAAAGGAGUGAUCGUCAAGGAAUUAAUUCAUGUCACAGAUUGGUACCCAACUCUCGUCCGUUUAACAGGUCAUUGAAACUACUUCAUAAACUAGUUAACGUAACUUUAAGCAAGAUUGAUCAAGCGCACUGAAGCUUCAUUUUAACAUCUUUACACUAACAAAUCCCACGGAACAACUUAUCAUAAGAAGUCGAUCCACACAAAGGGCCAAAGGGCAUUCGGCAGGUAAUUAACUCUUUUCAAGAGUUGGCUAUCGAAUGGAUUUGUAUCAGUCCAGUAGGCAAUUCGUGAGAGGAGCCCCCUUCCCCCCCCACCCCCCUCUCCCCCGCCGGUUCGGGUAGGAGGUGACUCGGCAUUCCCCACUCCAGACGAGAAGUGGGUAGUCGUGCGUACGCGCGCAAGUAUGUCUUGCGAGGAGGCUCGACGAAAAACGCUAGAAUUAAUAACAGGUAUACUCUUUCUCUCCUUUCUCUUUAGGCUGCCGUUCUAACAAUAAAUCACUAUUCGCCACUCCAUCAGUGAUAGGGAGAAUGGACACAAGCUGUCGGCGCGACGAUUUGUGGGAUCUUUGCAUGGACAAGCGCGUUUUAUGAUCGGUUACUAAUGCUUUUCCACCCAUGCUAUCCCAUAAAUCUUCGCACCGAAGGCUUGCGCCCUUUCUCCGUGAAAAUUUAUGGAAUGAAAAUUGGAUAGGCUCAUAUAGGCUAUCUUCAACUAAUUUCUAAGGUGGUACCAUGGACUCUGGUGAUAUUCCAGUAGACGGCUUUGACGUUUGGGACACCAUUGCAAAGGGAGCACCUUCACCCAGAACUGAAAUCCUACUAAAUAUCGAUUUUCGUGAGAAAAGGCCUGGCCUUCUUCUGACCUAUGACACGUGGUACACAGGAGCGGCAAUUCGUGUCGGCGACAUGAAGUUGUUGAUGCAUGUCCCCAAUGCCACUUGGUACCAAACGCCAGAGGAUGGCGGGAUUGCCCCACAGAUGGAAGACAUUUGGGUAACAGCGUGA